AGGGAAUUUGCUGGCCUGGGAAACAUUUGUUUACAUUGCCAAAGCAAGUCGAUAUUAAGAAAACUACACCUGUCUCCAUCUCUUGUUCUUUCUGUAACUGCUUAAGCGCUUGCUCCAGCCAACCCUCUCAUGCAAAUAUGAAGUUCAGGAGCAGACGGCGCCAACUAUCCCAGGUUUCGUCUCCAGUAGCAGACCGAUAUAUUUGACAAAUGUUGAUUGUGUUUAUCUUGAAGCAUGGCAUUGCUUCAGCUUUGAUGUGCUCAACCUUUCACAUGUCUACAAGAGUCUUGACUGCCGCCGUUCAUGACUCGGGAUGGCGACUGUUGCCUGGCUUCAACCAGCUCCGUAGUGGACGGGUGGAGCGGGAACGGGCCAAAAGUUCUUGGGCAGACGGACUGACGAGCGGGAUCUCUGAUUUACACAUGACCAGGACAGACAAAAGAAUGAUCCAGAAGAAGCCUUCACAACUGCAGAUGAAAGCCACUACUGUGGACAGCACGCCCAUUCCCACCACAUCAAUAUCAAAGAAGCAGCAGGGAAGACAGAAGCACAAACCAAGCAUUUCUUCAGUCAAAUACAAUGAUGACCACACCUUUCAACUCAAGAAGGAGAGGAGAGAGAAGCGAGAAGGGAGCAGGAGCAGAGAGGAGCAGAGCAGGAGAGAGAGGAGAGGACAACAGCACAAGACUGGAGGCCUAUCUACAGGCCGGUCUAAGGGAUGGCACCCAGGCCAGGAGACUGGCCAGCUGGGUGUGCAGGGUGAGGCAGAGGGGGAGGUGGGAAAGAGGGGGGGAGUGGAGCUCAGUGUUGGAGACGAGGAUGUAGACACUGAUUUAUCUGACUCAGAGAGGCUCCCUACGUCCUCCCUCUCCUCCUUUCCUCCUCCCCUCAACCUUCGACCAGAGAUUCUUGACUCCCAGCACCUCCAGCCUGACCACACCUGUAGUCGGUUGACCUACCCAGACUUCCUUCCUCCUCCCUUCAACUCCUGGAGCCUCCAGCAGCUGGCCCUGUUCCUCCACCCAGAGGAGAGACACACCCACCGCUCCAGGGCUGCAGGCCUGCAACUGGACAGGUACUUGGACCGUCUGCUGCAGAUGGAGUUGCUCCAGAUCCUGAGCAUUCAGGAAGAGAGUGGAAAUGUCUCGCCUGUGCCAACCAGCCGCUGCUCCUCCCACUCUGAAGCUCACUCCCGGCACAGCAGACUCAGCUCGCCCAAGUGUAUUCUGCAGUGCCAGAGGGCAUUCCCGCUCGCUCUCCUCUCCUCCCUGUCUCCUUCUGCCCGGCUGUCUGACUCCCUAGUCCCGCCCGGUACUGGGACAUUCCACUCACACACCCGACACAUCUUCCCCCCUGCCUCUCACCAUGGCCCCUCUCGCCUCAGCCCCCUCCUGGAACGGCUGGACCGCGUCUCCCUUCCCAAGAGGAGCUGCAGUGAGAGCCGGGUCCGCUCCAUUGAGAAGAUUCUGGCUGUUGAGCGCCAGAGGUGUGUCAGCCCUUCCAGGGGAACUGGACACCUGAAACGGAUGCAGGCUUUUGGGAACAUCCGCAAUGCUGCUAGUCCUGUCCGAAGACACAGGGCCUCAUCUGCCGUCAGGGACCCCAGUUUGGGGUCUGGGUCAGGUACUGGAUCUGAUGCUUGGGAAACGGCUAGAGGAAGGACUGGGUCUGGCCUUACUCAGGCCCUCUCAGGACCCUCCAGUGGUGUAAGGACAAGGAGAAGUGAAUCUGAGCGAAGGAGAGCGUUUGGGGAAGUUGCUGGAACAGAGGCUGGCUCUGGGAUAGGGUUGGGUGUGGAGGCUUGGGGACGGGCCAUGGAGAGGGCUGUGUUUGGGACCAGGACUGUCAGAGGACUGCACUGGACUGGCUCUGGGUCUAGAACUGGGUCUUGGGCUUGGACUGGGUCCAGGUCUGAGCCUGGAAAGAGACUGGGCUGUGAAGGAGCUGGAGAGAAGGUUAGGAAGAAGGUUGGUAAUAGGGGUGGGGCUAAGGAGAGGGGCGGGGAUAAGGAGAGGGUUCUAUACAUUUUCUGA